AUGGAGAAAAGAGCAGUGUUUUUUCUUUUUCCAGUGGCGGUGUCUUCUCUUUUCAUCUUCUUUUUUGGUGCAUCUGUUUCAGCUAGCCUCGUUUUCGACUUCUAUGCAGCUUCAUGCCCAACAGCAGAGCUUAUUGUAAGAAACACAGUCAGUUCAUCCUCUUCUUCUGAUCCUUCAAUUCCUGGAAAGCUCCUUCGUUUGGUUUUUCAUGAUUGCUUUGUGGAGGGAUGUGAUGCAUCUUUGAUGCUACAAGGGAAUAAUACAGAGCAAAGUGAUCCAGCAAAUAGGUCUGUUGGAGGAUUUUCAGUUAUAGAAUCAGCAAAAAGAGUCCUUGAAACCUUUUGUCCUGGAACAGUUUCUUGUGCAGACAUAAUUGCUUUGGCUGCUAGAGAUGCUGUUGAAAUUGUUGGUGGUCCUAUGAUUCCAAUUUCCACAGGUAGGAGAGAUGGGAUGGUUUCACUUGCUUCAAAUGUCAGACCCAACAUUGUGGACACUAGUUUUCCCAUGGAUGAUAUGAUUAACCGCUUCUCCACUAAAGGAUUGUCUUUAGCUGAUCUUGUCAUCCUUUCAGGAGCACACACAAUAGGAACAGCUCAUUGUAGCUCAUUCAGGGGUAGGUUCCAAGAAGAUUCCAAGGGAAAGGUUACACUCAUUGACAAAACCCUUGACAGUAGCUAUGCUGAUGAGCUAAUGAAAAAGUGUCCCAUAAGUGCAAGCCCAUUUGUAACAGUAAACAAUGAUCCUGAAACAUCUAUGGUCUUUGACAACCAGUACUACAGAAAUCUUCUAAACAACAAGGGGUUGUUCCAGUCUGAUUCUGUUUUGUUAAUUGAUGAUAGAACAAGGAAACUAGUGGAGGACUUAGCAAAUGAUCAAGACCUUUUCUUUGAAAAUUGGGGCCAGUCUUUCUUGAAGCUCACUAGUGUUGGAGUCAAAACAGGUGAUGAGGGUGAAAUUCGACUUUCUUGUUCAGCAACUAAUGCAUGA